AUGGAAACCUUGAAUCCCCCUGGACGCCAAGCGAACGACCUGAUCCGCCAUCCUUCGGCUGAGGACUUGGACGCGGCGCAGCAGCUCAUCUCGUCGGCUCGCGGCGCGCGGGAACUUUCAAGUGAUUUCAAGCUGGACAGCACAGGUGCCAACCGGGAUGACGGCUGGCAAGCUGUCAACAACAACAAGAAUACCCCGGGUGACGAAAUGGACGUGAAGGCAGACGCACCUGCUCCGAAGAACGCACCGGACUCUGCUGCGAACAAUACAGCAGGGCCGAAGCGAUCGCCUAAACCUCCAGGCAAGGAUACAUCCUUUCCGGGUCACCAGUGCAGUAACUGCGGAACCAAGAGCACGCCGUUAUGGCGGAGGUCGCCCACAGGGCAGAUGAUCUGCAACGCCUGCGGUCUCUAUCUGAAGGCUAGGAAUGUCCAGAGGCCUACGAAGCGCAACCGCACGCAGCCGCAGUCGGGAGCAGCCCAGGCCGGCCAGCAAGGCCAGAAAAGUACAUCGCCCGAGUCGCCAGCAUCGGGGAAUGGUGCUGCUCUUGGGUCGUGUCCUGGUGGCGGCAACUGCAAUGGCACUGGUGGUGCGGAAGGAUGUGAUGGAUGUCCGGCCUUCAACAACCGCGUAUACAAGUCAGCUGCGCGAGCCGCAGCGGCAAGUCAAUCUCAAGGAGAGAAGGGCUCCCAAGAAGGGGAUGGUUCGGGUGCGUCUGGUCAAGAUGGUGGUGGUCUUCUUGUGUCAUGCCAAAAUUGCGGCACGACGGUGACGCCGCUUUGGCGACGAGACGAGAACGGACAUCCCAUUUGCAAUGCUUGUGGUCUAUACUACAAGCUGCACGGCUGCUACCGACCGACGACGAUGAAGAAGUCGAUCAUCAAGCGACGAAAGCGCGUGGUCCCCGCGCUGCGAGAUCCGUCUCCCGGGGCAGCUACACAGUCGUCUACGGGCUCAUCGGCGUCGCCUGAGGUGCCGCCGGCCGGGCUGGCACAAGCGUCCGAUGAAUCACGGCAGUAUCAGGGCGGCGAGUACACGAAUGAUGCAAGAGGGCAAAGUUCGCCUCAAGCCGGUCAACGGCCGCUGACACUGGCACCACCACCGGUGGAUUUUACGGGCUACAAUUCCAAUGCGAUGUCUCUGCCUCACCAUCCUCCUCCUCCCCCACCACGACCACUUGAACCCGACAGGUCGACGCCUCUGGGUACGAGUUCAGGGAACCCGAAGAAGCGGCCGAUUGGAGACACGGCUGGCACGGGCGAUACGAUGACGCCGCUCGAAUCGAACCAGCUCCCUCCGAUCAUGUCGCAGACGAAUCCGGCACCCCCGGCACGGCUGAAUUCCAUCUCCUCCCUCCUCAACCAUACCUCAUCUGCCGAAGAAUCUCGCCUGGACCCUGCGCUGGGAUCUUACGGUCGUCCAUCGCAGCAACAGCCACCCACUUCUCUACCACAGCCACAGCCACAGUCACAGUCACAGCCACGGGGGUCGACAGACCUCGAAACCUACAAAAUGGAGCGUCGUGCGCAGCUACAGCGCGAAGCGGAGGAGAUCCGAGAAGCGCUGCGGGCGAAAGAGCGGGAGCUGGCGGAACUGGACCAAUAA